GAGAAGGACUCAGGUAUGGCAGCUGGUCACUGGCUUCUGAGUGCUGUUGGUAGUCAAUUAAGCUCAGUGUGGAUCUGGAACUGACACCCAGCGCACAGCCUUCGCUGAAUGACAGACAAGAGGAGCUUUGGUGGUGGUUGUGGAUUAUUUUUUUUUGUUUGUUUGGUUUGUGGUGUUAUGUGGGCAGCAGAAAAGGUCUGUGCGACUCGCUCAGUGCCCUCAGAUCUGUCCCGGGAAGGAACAAUGGCUCUGUAAGUUAGGAUCAUGUUUGGACUCAAGCCACCGCUGUACUAUCUGCCAGGUAUGAGCCAUGAGCCGAAGUCGCCCUCACUAGGAAUGCUCUCCACUGCGACCCGGACCACGGCUACCGUCACCCCGCUCAACCCUUCCUCCCUCAACGGCACCAUCGUGGCCAAUGGCAGCCUGGCGCCCAGCAGCGCCCUGUCCGUGCCAUCGGCCCAGUCUGCCAGUUUUGCCGCUGCCCUCCGCAAGCUCGCCAAACAAGUCGAGGAGCCCAGAGGUUCUUCGAUAAGCAGCGAAUCUUCACCGGUCUCUUCUCCGGCCACCAACCACAGCUCUCCGGCCAGCACACCCAAGCGAGGCCCGAAUGGGCCCAUCCGCGUGGCCCCCAGCUCUCACAGUGUCCCCAGCACUACCCCCGUGGUGACCAUUGCUCCCACCAAAACUGUCAAUGGGCUUUGGAGAAGUGAAAGCCGACAGCCCGAGCCAACGCCCAGGGGUCCCAGCAGAGACCGAAUGCACGUGGAAUCCCAGCACCAGCAGGAGAAGGGGGGUCCAUCAGUCACUUCCCACCUCCUGGGCCCUCACUACGCGUUCAGCCUGACGCCCAGCGCCAUGGUGCAGGACUCCCGGUUCCCUCAUCUCAGUCUCCAGCGUCCGGUUCCUCACAUGGUAGCUCCUGGCAGCGUUCCGGAAGAAUACCUCCGCGGCUUCCGGCCUUACCACACGGGAGAGGAGCUUCGCAUGCCCGCUCUGCCGCCCCUGGGUCUCGACCCGGCCACGGCCGCCUAUUAUCACUCGAGUUACAUGGCUCACCACCCGUUCCCUUUCAGGAUGGAAGACUCCUACUGCCUCUCAACCUUACGGUCACCUUUCUACCCCAUCGCCACGCCUGCCUCUCUGCCACCUCUGCACCCAUCCACCAUGCACCUCCACCUGCCCGGGAUGAGGUUCCCGACUGACCUGUCUCACGCUGCCAUGCAGUCCGAGCGCCUGUCCGCUGAGAGGCUUCAAAUAGACGAGGAGCUCCGCAGGGAGCGGGAAAGAGAGAGGGAGCGCGAGCGAGAAAAGGAGAGGGAGAGGGAGCGAGAGGCAGAGAAGGAGAGGGAAAGAGAACUGGAGCGGGAGAAGGAACUUGAAAGGGAGCGGGAGAAGGAGCGGGAGAGGGAACGGGAGCGAGAGCUGGAGAGAGACCGGGAAAGGACCAGGGAGAAGGAAAUGAACGCGGCCAAAGCGCUGGAGAGUCACUUCCUGCAGGUCCCGGAGAUUCCCAGCCUGCGCAGCCAGCAACUGGAGGAGAGAAUAAAAGCCACAGAGAGACUGACACCAAAUCGCACAGACAAGCCCAAGGAUUUUGCACUGACGGGGCCCAAGGUGGUCCACCCGACCCUGCAGCAGUCCCCGGUCAGCCACCACUCGGUCCCCUGUCUGAUUUCCAGCCACAGCAGCUUCCUGCUGCCCGGUGGCCCCACCAUGCUGCUGCAGAGGACCAACGAGGAGGAGAAGUGGAUGGCCAAACAGCGGCAGCUCCGCCAGGAGAAGGAGGACCGGCAAUACCAGGUGUCCGAGUUCCGGCAGCAGGUUCUGGAGCAGCACCUGGACAUCAGCCGGCCGGGACUUCCCAGCGAGGCCGAGCUUCGUGACAGCUUCAGAUCGGGACCCAGCAAUCACGAACACGGCGUCCGAGAGCAGCCCCCUCACCUGGGGGCCCCCCCUCCCCUCAUCUCCCCCAAGCCCCAGCACAGGGAGUUCCACUCGACCGCCCUGUGGAACCCCAUCACCUUGAUGGACAGCCACAGCGAAGCCCGCCGGAGCCACGCGUUCAACAACCACCACCCAACCGGCCACUACGAGCCUCACCGGCAGCUGGCCAACGCCGUCAAGACCGAGAGACUCAACCACCACGAGGAGCAUGGCAAGCGACGGGACCCGGCGGAGAAAUACCAGCCCCUCCGAGGCCCCGGCUCCUUGGAGCCUGGAGCCGGCUACUCCUACGGACCCCCCUUUGCCGAACUGGAGAAGUCGGCUCAGUCCAUCCUCCACCAGCAGAGGCUGUCGCUGCCUCAGUGCAGCCAAUACAGCGACAUGAACCUCCUGCGCACGCCCCCCUCCCCGUACCGUCACCAGCACGGACCCCCGCAGGCCCCCGCCCCCAUCCCCGACCGGACCUACGUCUACGAUGAGUUUCUGCAGCAGUACCGCAGGCUGGUGAGCAAACUGGACCUGGAGGAGAGGAAGCGGAAAGAGGCCAAGGAGAAAGGUUAUUACUACGACUUUGAUGACUCGUACGAUGAGAGUGAUGAAGAGGACAUUCGGGCUCAUCUGCACCGAGUGUCUGAGCAGCCGCCUCUGAAACUCGACGACUCCUCUGAAAAGCUGGACUUCCUGAGGAUGUUUAGCCUGACCACGAGGGGCAGGAAGGAGGAGCUGUUGGCCCAGAAGCGAAGGAAGAGGAGGAGGAUGCUGAUGGAGCGAAGCCCAUCCCCUCCCCCCAUCCCCAGCAAACGCCCCAACCCCUCCUCCCAGCGCCCCCUGCACAGCAAGUACAGCUCGGACGAAAUGAACAAUACCCCCGACCUGGCCGAGAAGAAAAAAUUCCUGACGGCCUUCAACCUAUCACACGUCCUCCCCGACAGGAGAAAGGAAAAGGAAGACCUUGCAGUAAUGAUCCAGUCCCUGAGGCACAAGCCUUUGCCGUCGGAAACGCCUUCGAAGCAACUCCUGCUUCCUGCGUGCCGGAGCUCCAGCUCGUCACAAGCCGACGCGUCGAACGUUCCUCCUCCGGCAUCGGACACGUCCGACGGGCCGCCGGUGGCCGCCGCCCCUUCCUAUUCCCAGCCGGAACGCCACCACAGGCCGGAGCCAGCCAAACCCUCGGAGCCGGUCAGGCCGAAGGAAGCCGCGCACAACGCCGAGAAGAGCCGGUCGAACGAGACGCACCACGGGAAGAGGACUCUGAGCCUGCUCGGCAACGUGCCGGCCCGGCGGCAGAAGGACUUGCCGGCCGGAGGGCUGCACAGCGCGGCCGAGAGGAGCAGGGCCUGGCAGGGCAUCCUGGCUGAGGACUUUGCCCAUCAGUUCCAUGAGUCCGUGCUCCAGUCCACCCAGCGGGCGCUACAGAAACAGAAAGGCUCCGCGGCAGCCGAGCAGAAGCACAAGUUGGACGCAGCCGUCCACUACAACAUUCCAGAGAUGCACUCCUCGCCCCGGGCGCUGUUCACACAUCAGAACGGGCAGCACUCGGCCACGCAGACGAGGAAAGGGACGCCGGUGGAGCGGGAGGAGGGCACGGAUGUGGAAGACGAGGAGGAGGAGGAGGAGGAGGACGAGGAGCUGAGACCUUCCCAUUCCAAGUGGCAGGGCAUCGAGGCGGUCUUCGCCGCGUACCAGGAAUACGUGGAAGAACAAAACAUGGAGCGACAGGUCCUACAGACGCAGUGUCGACGGCUGGAGAACUUUCACUAUAAUCUCAGUCUCACAGCCGAGCAGCUUUCCCUCAGCAUGUCGGAGCUGUUGUCACAGAAACAGAAACUGGCCUCUGAGCGGGAGCAGCUCCAGUCACAACUGGAGCAUUUAAGAAAGUGCCUUGCACUGCCUGCGAUCCACUGGCAUAGGAGCAACUGCAAGUCCUACCCAAGGUGACACGCCUGUCAGCUCGGGCCACACCAUAGAGAAAAUAUUUUAUUAUCCCGAUAUUUAAUAUUCCCAUUGAAAUCGACCCUGUAGAUAAAGACCUAAAGGAAACGUGCCACAUGUGAAGCGAAGGGUUAAAACGAAACCAGGAAAUGAAUGAACUUUGCAAUGCAACUAAAAACAUGACUUCUGCAUCUCUCUAUUUUUGCAUAAAUUGGCCUAAAGGAAACGUGUUUCCCCCUCCCCCUCCUCCCACCCCCCCCCAAUCUUGUUUGAGUUUCUGAUCAUUUUAUUUGCUCGGCCCCUGUACACAGUGACUUUUGCUUUGUGGAGAAGGCAAGUGGGGUUUAGGGCUGAACUCCAGAGUCAACACCACUGAAGGCCUGGGGACAGCUAGCGCGUGUGUGUGGGUGCGUGCGUGCGUGCGCGCAUGUGUGUGUGUGUGCAUGCGGCUUUCAUUCCCACGUCCUGUGCUCGGGCGCUGGCAUGUUCGGUGACUCAGGCGCGAGACGGGAAGAUUCGCAAAGUGCUGGGGGAAACGCCAACCGAAGAACCUCUCCCUCAUUCUUUAUUUCUUUCUCUUUUUCUCUCUCUCUCUCUCUCUCUCU